AUGGAUGUCUCUCUAAUUCUCGGGAUCCCAACCUCAAAUGUCGCCCGACCAGACUCCAUGGGAUGGUUUUUUACGAAGACGGGGAGAUACACGGUAAAAUCGGGUUACACGGUCCUACAACAAAGUUUGGACGCUGAUAGGCCCAUCUUUUUUGGUCCGGACACACGGCGCCUUCAAGCACAGGUUUGGAAGGUACAAUGUACUCAGAAAUUACAACAUUUUAUCUGGCAAGCUUUGACGGGAUGCAUAGCGGUAGGGGUGAGACUCCAGAGUCGCGGUAUGCAGAUAGACCCACAAUGUAUGCGGUGUGGGAUGGCGGCAGAAACAGUGAACCACACACUGUUUGAAUGCCCACCGGCACUGCAAGUUUGGGCUCUAUCUCCAAUUCCAACGGCCCCACAGCGUUUCCCUACAGGAAGUUUGUUUGCAAAUAUGGCAUAUCUUUUUUGGAAUUUGCCAGACGAUGAUAGAAUGCGGAUGUAUCCUUGGUUAAUUUGGUAUAUCUGGAAAUCACGAAAUGAUAAGGUUAUGGCGAAUGUGGACUGGGACCCAAAUGAAAUAGUAAUCAAAGCAACAGCGGAAUCUUCGGCAUGGGUAACCGCCCAGGAAAAACAUGUAAUGCUAUGUCCAAUAUUGACAACCUCAGAGGAAUCCCCUAGAAUGGGUGAUAUUUGUCAAGUAGAUGGAGCUUGGAAGGAGACAGAAAGUCGAGCUGGGCUAGGAUGGUUUUACUUGAACAUGAAUACUCAGGAAAAGCUUAUGGGAACUCGUAACUUGAGAAGGGGAAUAUCGCCCCUCCAAACGGAGUUGGAGGCACUUAUUUGGGCCAUGCAUUGUAUGCUACGGCAUAAUAAAUUGUUAACGCGUUUUGAGACGGAUUGCUCUGAUGUGGUGAAGAUGGUGUCUACGCUAGAGGAGUGGCCAGCGUUCGAAAUACUUCUUGACGAGGUUGACCGGUGUAAAAGGAGGUUUACCUCUUUCUCCAUCGCGCACAUACCUAGGACAAAAAACACGAAGGCAGACAAGUUAGCACGGAGUCCUCGAGCUCUACCUACUGAUGUGUAUUAUGUAAACUCAGUUUCGCCAACUUGGAUUCCCGAGCUGGUUUAG